GCUUUGUGCCAUAGGUAGAUUUAUUUACUAAGACUUGACAUGUCUCAAUGCUUUUAAUUGGACAUAUAGAUGUUUGAAUUUUGUUAUUUAGAUAUAUUAAAAUGAAGUACAGUGUGAUUAUAUGUUAUUUGUUGCCAGAAAAUGGGGAAGACAUACAGGUUCUCAGAUAUGAGCACGGGCAGAAGUACGACCCACAUUAUGAUUAUUUUGUUGAUAAAGUCAAUAUUGCUCGUGGGGGACACCGUGUAGCAACUGUUCUCAUGUAUCUCACUGAUGUGGCAAAAGGUGGCGAAACUGUUUUCCCAUCAGCAGAGCAGGAAACUUCACAUCGUAAAGCUCCUGUGGAAAAUGAUGACCUUUCCGAAUGUGCAAAGAAAGGAAUUGCUGUCAAACCUCGAAGAGGAGAUGCUCUUCUCUUCUUCAGCCUUCUCCCAAAUGCAACGCCAGACACCAGCAGUCUGCAUGCUGGUUGCCCUGUUAUUGAAGGUGAGAAAUGGUCAGCAACUAAAUGGAUUCAUGUAGACUCGUUUGAUAAGAACUUGGCAGCUGGUGGGAACUGCACAGAUCUGAAUGGAAGUUGCGAGAGAUGGGCUGCACUUGGUGAAUGUACCAAGAAUCCAGAGUACAUGGUGGGAUCUCCAGAACUUCCCGGGUACUGUAGGAGAAGCUGUAAGGUUUGUUAGCUUUUAACCAAACGUCCUCCCAUAUGUACUUUCUGUUCACAGGUUGUUUUUGGGUCAUUUGUUGGUUUCUUUUUUCAUGGUGAAUUAUAGGUACGGUACAUAGAUUUGACAGAAAAUGGUACCUGUUUUUAAUCGUUUCUGUUAUCAGCAUGUUUGUCUUUUUAGGCUAUGUUUUGACAAAUCUAAAAAUGUAAUGGAAUUUAUUUUGCAAAUA